UCAAAAUGGCGGAAAGCGGAGCUCACUUGGCAGGGUUAAGAAUUUGAAACUCAUGCACUUCUGCGCUCUCUUUUCACUCUCUCUUACCAUAAAAUAGACGUGUUUAUACAUACUUUAUUUCGGUGCGGAAUGUUUGAGGUAUUGGCCAAAGUAUUAAAGCUGAGAUGAUCACAAAGUAACAGCUCUAAAGAAAUAUCCGUCGAAGGAGUGAGGAAGUAACUAGGAUGUCUGGCCACUAUGUUCAGCUUUGUCCAAAUCCUCUCCGGUUUGAGCCUGUCACCAAAGAAAACAGUGUAUUUUUUGACGAAGCAAACCGGCAGGUCUUCUCUGUUACCUCUGUGGAUGGAAAAACCCGUGUUGUAGUCAGAGGUCCUGAUCUGAAGUCUUUUGUCAUCUUCGACAUACCAACAAUGGGAUACGUGCAGUCCAUUAAAUUCUCUUAUGACCGCAAGAUAUUAGCAAUCCAGAGAUCUAUAAAAGUCGUGGAGUUCAUUAACUUUGCUGAUGGAAUUGAUAGCCAGCAGUAUAGCCAGACAUGUAAGAGCAAGUCUGCCCAUGUUAUUGGUUUCAACUGGACAAAUUUGAAUGAAAUUGUCUUUAUUACAAACCAAGGUCUAGAAUUUUAUCAGGUAUUACCAGAAAAGCGUAGCCUAAAGAUGAUUAAGAACUACAGUGUGCAAGUCAACUGGUUUGUCUUCCUGCCUGAGAGUGCUGUUCUUCUGUUGUCUUCCUCGGGCCUUGGAAAUGUUAUUCAUCCAUAUCACUUUAGGGCAGGGUCUGUCAUGAGGUUACCAAAGUUUGAGGUAGAUAUCCCUGCGGCCUCCAAAGCUCAGAAAGUUCAACUGUUGGAAAGGGAUGUCACUCUUGCAAACAUAGAUGGCCAGCUCUAUGUGGUAAUUCUCAGAAACCAGCAGAGAAGUCAAACCACAGGACCAGUUGGUGCAGAGAUUGUUCUGUACCAGCUACAGCGAGAUAUCCCAGCCAAGAAGGUAGCUGUUCUUCAACUGAACAUGAUUGGAAGAUUUGCAGUCAAUGUUGUGGAUAACCUUGUUAUUGUCCAUCAUCAAGCUUCAAAGACAUCUAUGUUGUUUGAUAUUCGACUUGGGGGAGAUUUUGAUGGACAGAUCACAUACUUUCAACCAGUACUAGCACCUCUGCCACUUGAACAAGCAGUUUUUGAAGCAGAAGAGAAAGAUUCUACUGGUGCAGUUAAAAAGAAGAGGGUACUUUGUGAAAUGUACUCUCAAAACUGGAUUGUGUUUCAACCAAACAUCAUCAUAGAUGCUAAACUUGGUUGUUUGUGGGAGGUUAUGAUAAAGCUGGAGCCCUUGGUUGCCAUGAUUGGUGACAAGGGCUUGUUGAUUGACUUCCUACUUCUAAGGAAAGAAAGCAAAAUGGUCAUUUUAACAGUUUUCAAACAAGCCUUAACUCCAGGGAGACAGAGCAGCCUUCCAGUCAUAGCUCGCAUGUUUGACAGGGUGAACUUGGCUUACAGAAGUUAUGCACUGGAAGCUGAACAAAAUGCACAACAGUCAAGUGAUGCCUCCAAGGGUCAGUCUCCCCAAAAACAAGUCUCUAGGUGCCAGACAGUUGUCAGUCAAGAAGACAUGUAUUCCCAUGUGCUUUCUACAUUUGUGGAGAGUAAGAAAGUAAAGUAUAAAUUCAUGGUUGCUGUGUUGGUGGAGUAUAUUCGAUCUCUGAAUCAGUUUGAGAUUGAGGUAGAGCACUAUCUUUAUGAGCUGAUCAUAAAUCUUCUGGUACACAACAAGCGUUUCUACCAACUGCAUCAGUUCCUGCAAUACCAUGUCAUCAGUGACUCUAAACCUCUGGCGUGUCUCAUGUUGUCCCUGGAGAGUACCUACCCUCCCACAUACCAACUGGCCUUGGAUAUGCUGAAGAGACUUAACACAGCUAAUGAAGAAAUCAUUGAGGUUCUUCUCUCAAAACGUCAGCUGUUGCCUGCCUUGCGCUAUGUGCGUGCUAUAGGUGCAGAAGACUCUAUAUCACCCCGAAAGUUCUUAGAGGUUGCUUCAAAUCCUGAGGAUUCCAUGCUUUUCUACACUGUAUACAAGUUUUUUGAACAACGUAACAUGCGGCUUCGUGGAAGCCCUGACUUUGCUCCAGGGGAACACUGUGAUAUGUAUGUUAAGAGAUUUGAGAGCCGUUUUGGGUCAAAUCGGAAUGCACAAUUAAGCAGUAAUGGAGGAAUCAACUGAAGAAGGUGGCAGCAAUGUAAGAGACAAGCAUUAAAUGAGAUGAAGUGUGCAGAGUAAAGCCAAAGAUAGAACAAGUUUCCUGUGCAUCAAUGUCCCCAGUGUGAGUUUAAUGGCUUGGAAGA